UGCUUUGCGUUGUUUGUUGUGUCGGUCGUUCGUAUCGUUUUUGCGUCGUAUCUUAGAUCGUUACAUUAGUUCCAGAUAUCGGCUUGGAAAAUCUCCUGCUUAAGCUCUCUCAAGCUAUAGCCUGGAAGUACUCCUGCGCAAUCUACCAUCUUCAAUUCGCAAUUGUAUGUCCAAGGCCCACCCACCCAAUGCUUUCGAGGUCAGUAUUCAGUGAAAACGUCCAAGGCUUGGGUCUCAGAUAACCUUCGCAACGACACGAAGUACAUUACAUAGUGGAUUUCAGCAGGAUGGAGCACGUCAACUCCAACCAAACACCACGACGAAUUUCCCCCCUGAACCUGCUCAAACUCAAUGUCUCAUGGACACGAACCCCAGCUUGGGUCGAGCUGACAUCUCCUAGCGUACACCACAAUCAUGCACUCUUUUGGUCUCUUGCAUCGCUCGGGUUUCUAGAAACUCGCUCGAAAAGCCUGGAAUUAUCAUUAAUGAAUCGUCCUUCUCCUCAGCACUAGGUUUCCCUUCCUCCGGACAAUCAC